UCCCAGUUUGCGGAGGCUGGCGGCCGGGAGAGCGAGCGGGAGCAUAUCGCUGGCGGAGAGCGGGCUGAGCAGCGGCGCAGCGCCAGUGUAAAGCCGCUUCUCCGGCAGCUGCAGCGGCCUCUCGGGGGUAAAGCCCCCCUCCCUGAGUUGGGGGUAACAUCCACCUGGGGGCGGCGGCGGCGGCUGCUGUUUCUUUUCCUCUGUGUGUCUGAUUUAAAGCAUUUGAUCAGAGCGCCGAAGUGCUGCUGCCGGAUAUUGGUGCGUGUUGUGUUGAGCGUGAGUGUGAGCAGUCUCGCUGCCGGGAUGGAUUCGGGAUUGUGUCCCCGGAGCACGGCUCGCCUUCUGCUGCUGGUGGCGGUCUUGCCAGUUUUUCAGGCACAGACGGUGACAGUGGAUGACAGCUUGUCUGGAUUUAUUGGCACCAGUGUGGUUUUGCGAUGCACUUUCGUAAACAAUGAUCCCAAAAUCAAAAUCACUCAAGUCACAUGGCAAAAGGCAACCAAUGGGUCCAAGCAAAAUAUUGCCAUUUUUCAUCCGUCUAUGGGGGUUUCUGUCCUGCCACCAUACCAAGACAGAGUAUCUUUCAAAAAGCCAUCUCUAAAUGAUGCGACAAUUGAGCUGUCCAGGUUGGAGCUGAUGGACGAAGGGGUGUACAUCUGUGAGUUUGCAACCUUCCCGACAGGAAACCGAGAGAGCCAGGUUAACCUCACUGUCUUUGCCAGACCAGUGAUCGAUGCUGAGCUGACUCCACACACCAUCAUAGCCAGGGCUGACCAUCCAAGGAAGAUUGUAGUAGCAACGUGUACAUGCGCCAAUGGGAAGCCACCAGGCGUUAUCACCUGGGAGACGAAAGUCAAUGGGGAGACGAUUGUUAAAGAAUCUCGAAACCAAAAUGGCACCAUCACAGUGACCAGCCAAUACCUUUUGGUUCCCUCAAGGGAAGCUCAUCGGCAGCCACUGACAUGUGUGGUGAAUUACCAAAUGGAUCGGACCACCAAAGUGCUGAUGUUAAAUGUGCAGUAUGAACCAGAGGUUACCGUGGAAGGAUUUGAUGGGAAUUGGUACUUGAACAGAGAGAAUGUGAGGCUGACAUGUAAAGCAGAUGGGAACCCACCUGCAACUAAAUAUAACUGGAAGAUGUUAAAUGGGUCGCUGCCUGUAAACGUGGAACCUCAAAACACCACCCUGCUCUUCAAAGGGACCGUGACCUAUGAACUUGCUGGGACGUACGUCUGUGAGGCUACGAAUGCAAUCGGUACACGAUCGGGUCUGGUUGAGGUCAAUAUCACAGAAUCCCCUCAAAUCCUACCAUCCGACACCCCGAGUGUGAAAGAGAGUCUGGACGGCAGCAAGAGCGGAGGCAACACCUUGAUGAUUGGAGCAAUUGUGGGAGGUGCGGUGCUCGUCUUGUUAGCCGGUGUCAUAGUCUUCAUCAUCCUGCGCAAGAGGCAACAAACCUUCAAGGGGGACUACAACACCAAGAAGCACGUGUUUGGCAAUGGAUACGGCAAGGCUGGCAUCAUGCCUCCUGGCCCACAACAGGUCCCUUACCAGGAGGAAUCCGAUGAGGAUAAAAAGCUGUCUUCCAUGAACGUAAGUUAUGAAAACGAGAGGAAAGUUAUCCGAGACGGUGCAGAUUUUGACGCGGACUCCAAGCGUCCUUACUUUACGGUGGAUGAGAGUGACACGCAGGAGGAGUUUGACGAGCAAACCCUGAGCUUCCAGUAUCCCCCGGAUCUGACAGAAGACAUGGUCUCACAGAACGAUGGCUCCAUAAUUUCAAAGAAAGAGUGGUAUGUGUAGUGCCAGACCUCUUGUGGUACAGGGCAAAAUCAAAGUGUCCUGAUUCCGACCCAGGUGGUCCACUAUAAAGAACUCUGCAUCGGCUAAGGUCUUAAUGAUUACAUUAUGGUUUAUUUUUUACAUUUCAUUCAAAAAAAAAUCUAAAGACAAUGAUUUCAUAAAUAUUACAAAAAAAAAACUUUUCUGUACAGCACUAACGAGGAGUGCCUCACUCAUUGCCGGCUGGACUUGCUUAAAAAAAAGCUGAUGUCUCAUCACUAAACUGCACAGACAUCAGGUAACUUGUGCUAAACACUGGAACUCGAUCAGGCUGCCAGCAUAUCUGUGGCUGCAUUACCUUAACUGUCAUUCACUUGGUCAUUAAUUUAUAACCACUAACUAGGACUGGACGUGGCUAAUAACUUACUAGCAUGUGCUAGUGAGUGGUUAGUUUUGCUUGUUAAGCAACUGGUGAUGGCAUGCAAUAGCAACUUUUAAAAUCCCAUUAAUUGGAGAGGGUGUGGGGAAAAUCAGUUGCUCACCUACUCUCCAGCCAAUAGCUUCUGUAGCUGGAUCUUCCAUUAGAUGUCAGUCUCUAAAAAACCAAAUUUCUUCAAAUCGCACAUAGCUCUAACAUCAUAAAGUCCUUUUGGGCACCUUAAGUGACUUGUACAUUUUUAGGGUCACAGUCUUGUUAAUUUUUUUUUAAUACUUUGAAGUAAAAUGAAUUUGCCUGCAAGAAAAUGAAUUUUAUUCCCCUCCUGAAUGAGGUCCUGGUUGUAGCAUACAACAUUCCUGCAUGUGAGUUUGUAAUACAUUAAAUCUCAAAAUUGUGUCCUGUUGUGGAGCUACCUAGAUGUGAGGAAUCGUUUCCUUUCACAAGUCCUAACAAACCUCUGCAGCAUUUAAAGAUUGAGGUUCAAUUGUUGAGUCUAAUCAGUGCAUGUUUCAGAAUUCUCUUUAACAAAACGUUUGAUGUGCUGCAUUUUGCCUAAUGUCAGCUGUGUACAAUAAUGUAUAUUUCAAACUUUUUAACAUCAUGUCGGAUUUAGAGUAUUAUUUCAACAUAUCCAUCUAUACUGUGGUUUAGUCUAAAUUAAGCCCCAAGGUAUGGAGACCCAAUUAUUUGGGUGUUUACCUCUUCCUGGUCCUCAAUCAUUUGACCCUAAAAAAUAGACGUUAGUGGAGGUGAGCAGUGCGGUGUGGGGGGCUUACAGUUAUUAAUAAGACUAAGUCAGAGUAAAGUGAAGGAAACCUGCCAAAGCUGAAAGUCUGAAAUAAAAAGAGGAAAUGCUGGAAACAAUGUCAGAAAGAGGCGAAGAGAGUCGACCUUUCAGCAUGAUGACUUUCCCAUCAGAUCCAGAAUGAAGAGAAGCCCUUGCAAGCUUUAUUGUCUGCUCUGGACCAGUGGUAUUGUUCCUGAGAUUGAGUGUUGAGAAUGUAAGGUACAAGUGUCAUGUAAGAAUUGUGUGCCUUCAGCUGCAAGAUGUGCCUACUCUAGCAGGGUAGGAUGCCAAGCAAGCCUGCUCAUCGACUAAUGAUUUAAGACCUUCCAGCCUUUGCCCUCUUUCCCCUUUAAAGUUGGUAAAUAAUUGCAGUCUGUCCCCUUUGUGGGCAGCAGGUCUGUGCUGUGAGCACAGCACUGCAUCUCCCACAGUAUUAACACGCGGGCAUUGUGCAGAGCAACAAACAACACACAGUUCAGCAGAUGCUACCAGGCAGGAACAGCACUCUCUUUGUUCCAGAACUGCCAAUGCAUUAAGUGUUAACUUUGCUGAAAAACGCCUACAAACGCGGUGGCAGGAAUGUUAUCAGUAAAUGAUAGUCGUUACAUUGUACUGCUCUGGCAUCAGGAGUAUGCCUCCACCAACCCCAGCAAUAGAUUCAGUCAUGGCCUUAAGCUUUCUGUAAACAGGAAUGCUCAGAACAAGGACAGUGUGUCUUGUAAUGUUGAAAGAAAGAGCGUGGUACAUUGAAGGGGCACUGCAAGGAUCUGCCAAGUUGGGGUGGGGAUUGGGAUGGCCGUACAAUAUUACUAUCAAUCCUUGGGAGUGUAUUGCUGUAAAAACUGAAAAGACAGGAAGAUCUAUAAUGAGAUGAGCUGUGACAGUUCAGACAUGUACCCUUAUCAAAUUCUUGUAGGAAUUGUGAGCUCUGCAGUGCCAUAGUGACUCUGUCAUUGAACUAAUAAUGCAGAGAAUGGUCGUAUUUGAAAACAUCUUCCACAAAAGGCUUGGAUAAGUAAAUGUGCAUGAAGCUAAUGGAUUGAUAUGAGAUUGUGACCGCUUCAUUCAUGUUUUAAGAAGUCAAGUUGAGUUUAUUGUCAUAUGCACAAGUAUGAUGAGGUACAGGGAAAAUGAAAAACUUGCAGCAGCGUCACAGGCAUGUAGGUUCAGACAACAUGCAGAAUAUAAAUUAUACAAGACAGUGAAGAGAAAAAAAAGACUCUGCAAAAAUAAGACAUUAGUGCAAAAAAAAAAGCACAAUCAGAGACAAGUCCACGGUAGUCUAUGGAAAGGAAACCAGCCAUCCUUCCCCUGUAUGGCCUCAAUUUGACUCCUGUUAAUCUAACUAGUUCUAGCUGACCUUUAGGCAUCUGGGAUGAGGAAUAAAUGUCAGUCUUGUCAGGACCCUAAGAGUGUUUUAAAAAAAAAUUGGAAAGCUAAGUAGGGAGAUGAAAUCCUGUCAGCACUUUCAGUAUUUAAACCAUUCACUAUGGCUAGAAUCAAUGCAAUCUCAUUGGAACAUUGGUGUUUGUGCGAGGGAUGUGCACACUGUACUACACUCCGCAUAGGGUAAUUUGCUUUUCAGAGAGGCACAUCAGUGUUGUUUCCGUCUGAUUUAUACAUGGCCCCCUGGAUGUCAAAAUGCAGAUUGUGCCCAGAGUGCGCUCUUCUGUAUUGAGAGUAUUUGACUUUUUUUUUGUAAAUAUGGACAUGCAAGAAGUUAGUGCAAUGAAUUCCUGCCUCAUCUUCGCCUUACCCAAUGCAAACCUAUCCUGAGGGGGAAUAACUCGGAUAUGUGCUUAGUGCUCACGCUUCCCAGAAUCAUUUUUUUCUCUUCUCAGCAUGUUGCGUGGUGCCAACUGAAAUGUUGCUAAACUUAAGUAUAAUUAACGUACAUUCAUAAAACCUCCUGGGUUAAGUCUCUGAUCACUGGCCAUUCCCAACCUUGCCCCUCUGCCCCCACCCCCCACCUCCCCAACUAAAUUUUGAUCGAUGUUCAAAAGAAUCCCAAUGGGGAGUCAGAGGAUUCAAGACUGAAUAUUUCUACACAAAGCUUUUUCCUUCUAGAGCUACCCAUUCAGGACUAGAAUAUAAAAGCAAGGAUGUAUUACUGAGGCUUUAUAAGGCAUUAGUCAGACUGCAUUUGGAAUACUGUGAGCAAUUCUGGGCCACGUAUCUAAGGAAGGAUGUGCUGGCCCUGGAGAGGGUCUAGAAGAGGUUCACAAGAAUGAUCCGAGGAGUGAAAAGCUUAACAUAUGAGGAGUGUUUUGAAGUCUCUGGGCCUGUAGUCAAUGAAGUUCAGAAGGAUGAUGGGGGAAUCUUACUGAAACCUGGAUACUGAAAGGCCUGGAUAGAGCGGACAUGGAGACGAUGUUUCCAUUAGUAGGGGAGUCUAGGACCAGAGGGCACAGCCUCAAAAUAAAGGGAUGUCCCUUUAAAACUGAGAUGAGGAGGAAUUUCUUCAGCCAGAGGGUGGAGAAUCUGUGGAGGCCAAGUCUUUGGGUGUAUUUAAGGCAGAGAUUGAUAAAUUAUUGAUUGGUAAGGGGAUUAAGGGUUAUGGGGAGAAGGUGGGAAAAUGGGGUUUUAAAAAAAAAUCAGCCAUGAUUGAAUGGCGGAGCAGACUCAAUGGGCUAAAUGAGCUAAUUCUGCUCCUAUGUCUUAUGGUCUUAUUUGACAAACUGAUCUGCUGUGAGAACAUUGCACAGAAACUCAUGAUUUAGGCAUAUCAGUGCUACUUGUUGCAGUGCAGGUGAGCUGGUUAUGAUUUGGUUUGAAAGGACCAACAAUUUUUUUAAAUCUCCUGCUCUUCAGUCAGUUUUAAAUGGGGUGUGAUAACUGUGGAGAGCCGUCAACCAGAGAGCUGUUCAGUCCUUGCAUCAGUGGAACCUUAAACUCUGUCUCGAACACAUGAUUGAGGGAAAGUGGCGAAGUCGCAGAAUGUUGCCAGUUGAAGUUCAUACGGUACUGGAUGCAGGGAGGAUGUUCCUCCCCGGUUUAGGAGUUGAGAUCCAGGUGUCGUAAUCUCAGAAUAAGGGGUUGGCCAUUUGGGACUGAGAUGAGGGGAAAUUUCUUCACUCAGAGGGUGGUGAAUCUUUGAGAGGGUUGUGGAGGCUCGAUCAUUGAGUUCAUUCAAAGCAGAGAUCCAUAGAUUCCUGGAUUCUGAGGGAAACGAGGGAUGCGGGGAUAGUGCAGGAAAAUGGAGUUGAGGGGGAAGAUCAGUCAUGGCGAUUCUGCUCGAAUGGCUUACUUCUGCUUCCAAUUCUAAUGUUCUGCAUGCUGGUUAAUGUUUGAAGUUCACUGAAACCCAGACUAUGAAAGUCAAAUAUGGUUGAUACACAUUUCACAACUUUGAGAAUUAUUCUUAUAACUCUGAGAAGCCCAUUAGUCUGAGACAAGGUGGUUAGUGCUUUACUCUGCACUUUUUGUAUAUUUCCUUUUUAUAUAGAGCAAGGUCAUUCAACGCAUCAAACAGACUCUUGGAGCAUUCACAACCCCCCCCCCCCCCCCCCCA